AUGUCCAUCGGCCAAAUGUCCGUCGUUCAAAUGUCCAUCUGCCAAAUGUCCAUCGGCCAAAUGUCCCUUCAGCCAAAUAUCCAUCGGCCAAAUGUCCGUCGACCAAAUGUCCCUUCAGCCAAAUAUCCAUCGGCCAAAUGUCCGUCAGCCAAAUGUCCGUCGGCCAAAUGUCCGUCGACCAAAUGUCCCUUCAGCCAAAUAUCCAUCGGCCAAAUGUCCGUCGACCAAAUGUCCCUUCAGCCAAAUGUCCGUCGGCCAAAUGUCCGUCGACCAAACCCUUCGGCCAAAUGUCCAUCGGCCAAAUGUCCGUCGACCAAAUGUCCAUCGGCCAAAUGUCCGUCGACCAAACCCUUCAGCCAAAUGUCCGUCGACCAAAUGUCCAUCGGCCAAAUGUCCGUCGACCAAACCCUUCGGCCAAAUGUCCGUCGGCCAAAUGUCCGUCGACCAAAUGUCCGUCGACCAAACCCUUCGGCCAAAUGUCCAUCGGCCAAAUGUCCGUCGACCAAAUGUCCAUCGGCUAAAUGUCCGUCGACCAAACCCUUCAGCCAAAUGUCCGUCGGCCAAAUAUCCGUCGACCAAAUGUCACUUCAGCCAAAUGUCCGUCGGCCAAAUGUCCCUUCAGCCAAAUGUCCGUCGGCCAAAUAUCCGUCGGCAAAAUGUCCCUUCCGCCAAAUGUCCGUCGGCCAAAUGUCCCUUCAGCCAAAUGUCCGUCGGCCAAAUGUCCGUCGGCCAAAUGUCCCUUCAGCCAAAUGUCCGUCGGCCAAAUGUCCCUUCGCCAAAUGUCCGUCGGCCAAAUAUCCGUCGGCCAAUGUCCCUCAGCCAAAUAUCCAUCGGCCAAAUGUCCGUCGGCCAAAUGUCCCUUCAGCCAAAUAUCCAUCGGCCAAAUGUCCGUCGACCAAAUGUCCCUUCAGCCAAAUAUCCAUCGGCCAAAUGUCCGUCGACCAAAUGUCCGUUACCAAAUAUCCCUUCAGCCAAAUGUCCGUCAACCAAAUGUCCCUUCAGCAAAUAUCCAAUCGGCCAAAUGUCCAGUCCGAACCACCAAACCCUUCGGCCAAAUGUCCGUCGACCAAAUGUCCAUCGGCCAAAUGUCCGUCGACCAAACCCUUCGGCCAAAUGUCCAUCGGCCAAAUGUCCGUCGACCAAAUGUCCAUCGGCCAAAUGUCCGUCGCCCAAACCCUUCGGCCAAAUUUCCGUCGACCAAAUGUCCCUUCAGCCAAAUGUCCGUCGGCCAAAUAUCCGUCGACCAAAUGUCCCUUCAGCCAAAUGUCCGUCGGCCACCCAAAUGUCCCUUCAGCCAAAUGUCAGUCGGGCCAAAUGUCCCUUCAGCAAAUGUCCGUCGGCCAAAUGUCCUUCGGCCAAAUGUCCGUCGGCCAAAUGUCCGUCGGCCAAAUGUCCCUUCAGCCAAAUGUCCGUCGGCCAAAUGUCCCUUCAGCCAAAUGUCCGUCGGCCAAAUGUCCGUCGGCCAAAUGUCCGUCGGCCAAAUGUCCCUUCAGCCAAAUGUCCUUCAGCCAAAUGUCCGUCGGCCAAAUGUCCCUUCAGCCAAAUGUCCCUUCAGCCAAAUGUCCCUUCAGCCAAAUGUCCGUCGGCCAAAUGUCCGUCGGCCAAAUGUCCUUCAGCCAAAUGUCCGUCGCCAAAUGUCCGUCGGCCAAAAUGUCCGUCGGACAAAUGUCCCUUCAGCCAAAUGUCCUUCAGCCAAUGUCCGUCGGCCAAAUGUCCGUCGGCCAAAUGUCCCUUCAGCCAAAUGUCCCUUCAGCUCAAUGUCCGUCGGCCAAACGUCCGUCGGCCAAACGUCCGCCGGCCAAAUGUCCCUUCGGCCAAAUGUCCGUCGACCAAAUGUCCCUUCGGCCAAAUGUCCGUCGACCAAAUGUCCCUUCGGCCAAAUGUCCCCUCGGCCAAAUAACCCUUCGGCCAAAUGUCCCUUCGGCUAAAUGUCCGUCUGCCAAAUGUCCGUCGUGCCAAAUGUCCCUUCGGCCACUGCAAAAGUCCGUCAGCAAAAUGUCCAUCGGCCAAAUAUCCGUCGACUAA